GAAGCACUUCUCACGGGAAGACUUGAAGAGCCUUUCGAGAUACCUCACAAAGCUUGGUCGCGACAGCUCUUAGUUCCUCAGCAAGAUGCGGCGUACGCGCCACGUAAUGCUACCUGUACGAUCCUGGCAGUACAUUGGACUUCUGAUAGUAUCGCUGGCGUGUCUAACGUUAGGGUUGGUAUCCAGAGAUAGAGAAGGACAUUCUGGCAGUCUCGCAGGUCCUGAACUCACGCAUCGAGCUCCUCACGAAGUGGACGCCUGUCCGAACUUGAAUCCCUUCUUCAAAAGCCCGAUUGCCGAACCGGAAAAAGUUACAAAACCGACGAAUAAUAAUCAUGAAAUGAAAGUACCUGAAUUCAGAGCAUCUAUGUCUCGAAAAUCCGUACUUCCUCGAUCAUUGAGUCUGAAUCGCUUGUCUAGGAGUGAUUUACAGGAAACCAGAGAGCGACUUUCUAGAAACCGAGAUCUGAGGACAGUCGAGAGACUUUCAAGAUCGACGAGUCGCGUAUCUAACGACGAAUCUGUCAACCGUGUUCGAGAAUCCCGAUUCAGGACAAUCGCACAAUCCCGCGACGCCAGGAACUCGGUCGAUCUCGUCACUCGACUCUCUCGAUCGCGGGAUUUGUCUAACCGAGCAACCGAUCAUCGUUUUACCGAGCAAAAUUUCGAGCGACGUCUAAACGGUCCUACAAAUUCCCGACUUGAAAAUCGUCGAUCGCGAUCCACGGAACGGCGGGAGUUUAACGAAAUCGCGCGACGACAAAACCGCGUUGAUCGAUCAAUGGAUCGGCGAGAUUCUUUAAACCUUCAACGUCGUACAAGCGAUUAUCACGACCAUCAAUCACUCCCAGAGCGACGAAUCAAUCGGCAAGAAUUUCGCAAAAUCUUAGUUGGUGAACAUCGAGAUCUGACGCGAAAUCGUAUUCCGAAUUAUCGAUCUGAGAUACGCGAACGUAGAUCUGUCGAGCGUCGCAUGUCAAUCGAACAUCGAGAUGUGGAACGAUCGGAUCGUCGGGAGGAUCACAAAAAUCUUCCGAAAUCAGCAAGAUUCGCACGAGGAGAUAUUGAUCGCAACAAUAAUAUGGAUCGCCGAAACCGCGAACGGUCUCUGGAAAAUCGCCGAACUCUUCUCGAUCGCGUUGCUAAUAAAGAACAUAGAUCGCGAUUAUCGGUCGCUACUAGAAAUUCUCGUGGAGAUCUUGUUAAAUCUGACGAUCGUCAAACGUUGUCUCGAUCGAUGGAACGCUCAGGUGUCGACAAUAUCAAUCGCGAAACUCUUAGCAGACGUGUUCGAUCAGUUGAAUUCAACACCGGGAGAACCGGGGAACGCAGAUCGUCCUUCGAACGUAGAUCAUUGGACCAAUCCGUGGAACGUCACGAAAUAGAUCACGUGGAACACCGGAAAGCUGAGAAUCGUUUUGGCGAUCGAAAAUCCGUUGAUCGAAUGUCGCGGUCUAUCCGAGCUUCAUCCGAGGAUUUGCGUCGAGAAAGGAUCAAUCGCUCACGAAGGACCACAAGCCGUCGUGACACACGUGAAAAUACAGCUGUUAGGGAGAAUUAUAAAAUAGCACGAUCACGUUAUAAUGUCGAAGAAACCGUAAAUCGAGAACGAAUUAGAGAGAGAUUCGCACGAUCCUCUCGUUCAGUUGAUCGUAGUUCGGUAGAUCGUCGAGAAAUCGCGAAAAUCAGAGACUCCAGAGAUUACAAUCAUAAAUCGCGCGAUUCUGCAGCAGAACGACGAGGUUCGACUCAGGAAGGACGAGAAAGGAUGAAUCAAUUACGCGAAGAACAAAGGAUUGUCUCUCAGAAAUCACGUGAAACCGACCGACGUACAUCCGAACGAAGAGUUCCGGAAAGGCGAGUUUUGGAGCGACGAAUCACUUUGAAUUCAGCACGUCUCGAUUCGCGAAGAUCGUCGGAACGAAGGAUCGAUGAUAGCUUGAUAUCGCGUGAAGGAUCCAGAUUGGUAGACCGUUUGGAACGAAGUCCGGAAACACGAAUUUCUCGCGGAAGAAUCCUAGAAAAACGAUCUAUUCCUAAUUCUCGAAGAUCUUCGGAACGAAGGAUCAAUGACAAUUCUAAAUCGCGCGAAGAAUUCAGAUUAGCAGAAAGAAGUUCAGAACCAAUUCCAGAAACACGAGUUUCUCGCGGAAAAAUCCUAGAAAGGCGAUCUACUCUUGAUUCUCGAAGAUCUUCAGAACGAAGGAUCAACAAUUUGAGAUCACGCGAAGGAUUCAGACUAGCAGAUCGACGUUUAGAACGAAGCCCGAAAAUAGGAAUUUCUCGCGGAAGAAUCCUAGAAGAACGAUCUACUGUCGACUCUCGAAGAUCUUUAGAACGAAGGGUCAAUGACAAUUCUAAAUCGCGCGAAGAAUUCAGACUAGCGGACCGACGUUCGGAACGAAAUCUGGAAUCGCGAAUUUCUCGCGGAAGAAUCUUAGAAAGACAAUCUACUGUCGACUCUCAAAGAUCUUUAGAACGAAGGAUCGACGAUAAUUUGAAAUUACGUGAAGAAUCCAGGCUAGCAGACCAACGUUCGGAACAAAGUUUAGAAUCGCGAGUUUCUCACGGAAGAAUCCUGGAAAAGCGAUCUAUUCUCGAUGCUCAAAGGUCUUCAGAACGAAGGAAUGGUGACAGCUCAAGAUUGCGUGAAAAAUCAAAGAUACAGGAACGACGCGUGGAACGAAACUCCGAAUCGCGAAAUUUGAUGCUUUCAAUGCAGCGCAAAGCAAAUUCUAAAACAGCAUCUCUCGAGAACCAGGCUCUACGUUCAUCAGAAACGCGACGCGAGAUCAGACGUCUCUCAAAGCUCCGAAUGGCUCAAUCAGUCGAGAAUCGACCCGUCGAGUUUCGUGAAAGAGAGUCCAUCAGACACUUGCGUCAGAGAUCGGCGAGGAACAUCGAGGACUCAUCGCGACUUUCUUCUCUUCGCCGAGUCACCCGUGUACCUGAACAAAAUCGCGAACAACGAAGAUUGUCUGCUGAGAGGACAUUUACUAGAACCGUAGACAAUGAACGAUUAUCCGCAAAACGGGAACAAAACUUGCAGAACGUACGCAUUGAAAGAAAUAUGGAAAUCGGAGCAAAAAUCGUUCCGAACUUGAUGAAGGACUAUGAAUUUUUCAAAUAUCCUAUGGCUUACGAUAUUAUGAGGCAAGCUUUCAUCGUGGCAUUAUGUACUGUUUAUGGAUUUUCCCUCUAUAAUGGAAAAAAGUCUUCUCUUGGCAACAACAUAAUCCAGCAUAUCCAGCGUUUCAUGAUUUGGUAAAAUAAGAUAUAAUCGGCUACUGAACAACGGCAUUGAAAAUCGCUAUUCUCUGGAUCUCUGCUUGUGUCGAUCAUUAUUUUAUGAAUUAAGAUAUUACGUUGCAAUAUGUGUGUAAUGUUCCUAAGAAUAAUCAGAAUGUAGAUUAAUGUAGAUUAAUGUACAGCUCAUAUAUGUCCUGUAGAAACGUGUAUAUCUAAAAAGAUAUA